CAUACAAUAACUGCUCGUGAGAUCAACGCAGGCAAUGAAGGUCUAGCUCACGUGAGCCUAGUUGAGAGUCGAUAGUUGAUAUCGUCGAGGCAAAGCACAAUAUCGACGAUGGCGAGUUGCUGUGAAACGGCGGAUUGCUGUUGUGCUGCGCGAUUCAAAAAAUUCUUCAUCUACGGUGGCAUUCUGCUAGGAAUCGUCGACAUAUUGACGGACUGGAUUGCCUUCGCAUCUUUCGCCUUCGAGGGAUUUGCCACGAGUCCGAUAGGAGACACGAACGACGGCCUACUCAUUGGCUGGCUUUGCAUAAUCGUACCAUCGACCCUAAUCGGAGCCAUAGAAUUGAUAACAAAAAUUAAAAUGGCGAAGACGGAGAAGCUCAAAAUCAAAGACACAGACGCCGCAGAGACACUCGGAUGGCCACACGUUCUCUCUCUGUUUAGGGUCAUUAUAGAAGACGGAGGCAACGUUGGCCUGGCGUGGUACCUCAUUGCUGGAACUUGUCGGCUCAAGACGUCCACGACCAAAGGCACUAAAUUUCACGUUCACUACUGGAUACUGAUCGUCAGUUGGGUCUGCAGUGCUCUCUUCGCCACCUUUACCGUCAUUCAACUGAUACGUGUAUCGACGGCAUCAUGUUGCUGCAGAUGUAAUUGUAAACCUGAAGACUACCGGAGCGAAGUUUGCUGUAAAACCGGCGGGAUACUAUCCGCUAUCAUAUUGACAGCCUGCUGCGUCUCUUUCUCUAUCGGAAUCUUUGUCUACGUCAGAGAUGGCGAGAGCUCGGCCAACAGAUUUCUUGAUGGAGACGAAGUGUCGCUGUACCUUCGGUCUAGCGACGUCAAUGGCAGCUCACCGAGUGAAACUUUUCUAGCCAACUUUAGUGGUAUUUACAGCAGUGGAGGGACGGGAAGGAAGCAGUACAUUGCACGAGAGGGAAAUGAGUGUCACGUGUAUCAUCUCCGGUUUGAUAGCAACAAGCGUGUGGUGCAGUUCAAGCGCGCUGUAUAUGAACCAGUAGGAAAUCUAUCACUCAAACAGGUGACAGAAAACGAGACCAUGGACGGAUAUGGAGCGUGUCACGAAUGUGAUGAUAACGUAUUGUCCAUCUCAGCAGCAGCUGCUGCUGCCCCUUCGAUCUGUAAUCGAGAGAGAGCACAACUGGAAUUGAAACUGUUUGACUACAACAACUUUCAACACUCGCUAAAAUCUACGCAUCACUGUAUUAGAGAGGACGCUCGGUAUGCCCAAUACCAGUCCACACUUUCUCCUUGUAGCGACACUUCAGCCAUUGAUUGUUAUCAGGCAACUCAUCGUAAGAGCCAAUAGUGUAAAGCAUACCCAUAACAUUUAAUUAAUGCAGUCAACCGGUUGUCUUGCUUAAGUUAACUGUGUAUAGUUACAUCAAAAUUGAUGCUUGCUAAUUGAAACUGAGUUGUAAUUUGAAAAUGAUG